AUGUCUGCCGGAGCCAACCUCCGUUGUUGCAAGUCCGAGCAACCGUCGCAACAUUUUAGUCAGGUCGUCAUCCCUGGUCUUUACGACAAAACGCGCAACGCCAUCGAGAGUGAUUUGGCUAAGGCAGAAAGCCUCGCACUGACCACUGAUAGUUGGACUUCUCGGGCAACGCAGAGCUACAUGACUGUGACGGCUCACUACAUGCUGGACUGGGAGAUGAAAAGUGCCAUGCUGCAGACUCGCCCCCUCUAUGAAAGCCACACAAUUAAUGAAACUGUUGAGCUGGGACCCCAGAUCAGCUGUUUUGCUCACUCUGUGAAUCUCGCUGCAAAGAGGGCUGUGUCAAUCAACGGUGUGUCCCGCCUCCUUGGGAAAGUGAGGAAAGUUGUCACCUUUUUUCACCGCAGCACCACAGCCAACCAAGCACUUGCUGUGAAGCAGCAAAUGCUAAACUUACCAAAGCACAAGUUAAUUCAUGAUGUGAUAACCCGGUGGAACACAUCACAUGACAUGUUGUCACGAUAUGUUGAACAGCAGCCUGCCAUCUACUCUGCAUUAACAAUGGACAAGAAUCUGAAGAGCCACGUCAAGGACAUUGCAAUGUUGACUGAUGCUGAGCAAAAAAUGGCAGAACAACUAAAUGAAAUUCUCAAACCUCUAAAAACUGUGACAACACUCAUGAGCAGUGAAACAACCCCUACAAUGUCAAUGAUCCUCCCACUGAAAGAAAUGAUUCUCAAGUGCAUGGCCCCUGGAGGUGAAGACAGUGCAGGUAUCAAAGAGGCAAAAGACGCCAUCGCACAGGACCUGGAUAAAAGGUACACCGACCCUGACCUUCAGAAGUACCUCCAAAAAGCCACAGCCCUGGAUCCCAGGUUUAAAUCCCUGCCCUCACAUGAUGAAGCCUCCCUUGACAGACUCUACAGAGAUCUUGCCACAGAAAUUCUGGAGAAUGAACCACAGAGACAACUGGAGCCGGAGUCGAUGCCACCCACAGAGGGACAAGAGUCAGCCUCUCCCCCUCCAAAGAAGACGGCAAUGGCAGAGCUAUUUGGGGAGGUUUUUAAAAAACAAGAUCAGGUCAAAACUCUUGCCCAGGUAGUCGAGGAUGAAGUUGCUUCAUACAGGUUGGCAGACUCCAUUGGCGUUGAUGCCGAUCCUUUCAGGUGGUGGAAGACCAAUGAGCAUAGGUUCCCUCAUGUAGCAAAAGUGGCAAAACGGCUCCUCUGUGUCCCAGGGACUUCAGUUCCUAGUGAGAGAAUCUUCUCCACUGCUGGGGACAUUGUUAGUGCAAACCGGUCUCGCCUUGCACCAGACAGUGUUGAUAGACUCAUCUUCUUGCACAAAAAUCUCUCAAUAGUGGAUGAGUAA